AUGAGCAGCAACGCACAGAACAACCGGGAGGUGAGGGUGACCGGCACCGGGGAACAGCCCGGAGCGAUAUGGAGGGCGGACUCCGAGUCCUACCUCCAGCUUCUGGCGUCACCUUUGCUGUCGCGAUCCCCAUCCCCGGUCCAGGAGGACACGGAGGAGGUGCCCGACGCGGAGCUGUCGGAGGACGAGGCGAUGGAGGCGAUCCACGAAGAACCCGUGGAUUAUGUGUCCCUCUCUUCGGAGAGCGAGGAGGACGACGGGGGUGAGACCGUCACCCCGGUGGUAUCCUCGGAGGAGGACGAAGGAGGCCGGAGCGCGAAGGCGAGGAUGGCCUACCGCAGCGUGCGCCGGGCGACGCAGGGCCACGCUCGGAUUCGGCUUGGAGAGGCGAUGCCGUCGAAGGACCCGCGGGAGAUGCGCGAGUUCGCGGACGCACGGAUCGCCACGCUGCGGCGGUUCGAGCGGAUGGUGGUGGAGCGGAAGGCAGCCGCCGCCAAGGCCGCGUGGGAAAAACGCCUAUCGGAGUGGCAAGAGGAGGAGGAGGCACUGUGGGUGCCCCACUCACCGUCGUCGUUGCCACCGCGGCAGCCCCCGCGGCCCCCGACCCCCCCGCCGCCGUCGCAGCCAUCGCCCCCGCCACCGCCACCACCAACGCAGCAGCAGCAGGAGCAGCCGCCGACGCCGGAGCCGCAGCACCCAGGGAUGCCGCAGCCACCGACGCCGCAGCCGCCGCUGCCGCCACCGGCGCACACCACCGACGCCGCCGCCGCCGCCGCGCACGCCGACGCCGCCACCCCACGCACCCCGGUGCGAGCGGCAGCAGUCCUGGGAAGUGGACCAGGCGCACGUCGCGCAGACGCUGCGCACAAUCGGCCUGGGCGGCCGCCGGUGGCACCAGCAAACGGUGACCUGGACAUGGCCCGCACCGCCGGAGGACACGCCGGAGGCCCGCGUGUGGGAGGAGGUGGGCGCGGUCGGAUGGAGCCGGUGGAGAAGCGAGCGCGCGACCCGCAAGUUCGCGCACGGGUAGAGGUCGGAGACGCGGGAGAGAACCCGGAGAAGGGUCCGUGGGUGUGGCCCGCACCACCACCACCGAAGCUCGCGCGGCAGGAGUCGUGCCCCGAGGCAAGACAGCCACCGCAGCGACCCUGCCUCCGCAGGCAGCAGGCGCUGUGCGGGAAGCCAUGGAAGGAACUCGAGCGCGCGGAGUGGCCACCCAGAGUGGUCGAGGAGGCCGAGGCCCAGGCGGGCAGAAGCCACAAGGACCGCUGGGCCAAGCUGUUCGUGCUGGACGGCCAGCGGUUCCGGCUGAAGGUGCGUCGCGGCGGGGACAUUCAAGUAUAUGUGCCUCAAUAA